AUGUGCGGGUGCGUGGGCAGCGAGGCGAGCGCGCUGGUGGAGAGCUGCUACCGGCUGGUGUACUGGCUGUGCGCGCGCGCCGCCACCGCGCCGCCCGCGCUGCGCUUCCUGCGCUCGCGCGACUACUUCCUGCCGCGCCACGCCAAGGCCACCGUCAACCUCGAGACGGCGUCGGUGACGACGCUGUCGGCGCGGUCGUGGGUGCUGCGCGCGUGCGCGUGCGAGGCGGGCGCGGCCGGCGGCGCGCGCCAGCACGCCGCGCUCGCCGCGCUGCUCGCCGCGCUCACGCGCACCGCGCACCGCCCCGACCAGGAGUGGGAGUGGUGCGUGAUACGGCGCGCGCUGGAGGGUGUGCCGGUGAGCGUGAGCGCGCCGCCCGAGCCGCGCUGGGAGCUGUUCCACGCGCACCAGCUGCGCGCCGCCAUCGCCGACUGCGACCUGCCCACAGGGCUGGGAGGCAAACGUAUCAGUGUGAAUCGGCUCCAUGCAGUGUUGGCCCGUGAAUUAGCCUCAAUACGCACUAGCGCACCUCAAAGGAACCUCGUCGCGUUGGAAAUACAAAAGGUGCUCGACUACGUAACAGAAGUCAACAGGCAGCGUAACCUCGCCGCAACAAUCACCCAUUACUACGACUCGUGGCGACAACUAACAGAAAUCAUAUUUUGCGUCGCCCCACAGGACUUACUGAAUCUCGAGUCCAGAAAGAACCUACUAUUAAAUAUCCUCCAAGAUCUAUUAAACAAAAUCCCUCCAGCAGAAGUCCUGCCGCAACUGGGAAAUCUGGCAUCUGGAACAGUAUUAUUAUUGCUUGUUAAUUUAAGACAUUGUUAUAUAUUACAAAAGAGAGAAUCCAAUUUGAAUUCAUCAGAAUUCGAAACUACUUUCUUUGGUCCUUCGAAUCAGAUAAUGCAAACUAAAUCUCUGACUCUGAAGUUCAUAUUGCACAAGAUUUUAAGUUGGAUAUUGGUGUCCGGCGGCAGUACGCAGAAGAUGCGCGUGAAUUUGUACGGGGCGCUGUUGAAUUUCUUGAACAUAGUGAAUUUAAAAGUGAGUCCUGCGGAGCCCGAGGAAGAAAUAAUGACUGCGACAUAUGUGAGCCGCCUUGAUAGUUCCAAAGGACGACAGAGCAAAGAAGAAUCUGCGUUGAAGGCAAUGGUUAUAGACGUUAUAAACGGUUUCGGGGAUAAGUUAUGCUCGAUAGUGUGCAGCGACUGUAUCGGUGCGGGACACGACGUCUGCAGGAUGGUGGCCCUGUCCUGCUUGGACACGCUCAUCGAGAUCAACCCGGGCACGGAUUGGAUGAACACACUCACCAAUCAGGGAUAUCUGAGGAGUCUGAUCGACAGUCUGUUGCAGGACGACGAAGGGUUGUUAGAGGCCCUGGAGCCGAACCCGAAGUCGUUGCGCGUGGUGUACGUGUACGAGUCGAAGCUGGCGCUGCUGAUCAAGAUCGCGGGCACGCGGCUCGGCGCCGAGACGCUGCUGGCGCAGGGCGCGCUGGCGCGCCUGGCCGCCAUGCGCGCGCUGCACUGCCACCCCGACCUGCACGCCGCCACCGCUGCCACGCCUGCCACCGACCACGACACGCACUUCGUGCCUUCCGUGCCCAACAGAUUUCGUCAGAUCCUGGUGCCGGCAUUGGCGUUAUGCGACGCUCUCCUGACGUCUCUGGGCACGCAGAACCACAGCUGCGUCAUACAUGUCACACACUUCCUUAUUAGUCACGUGGAGUGCGUGGAUAUGGUGCUCAGGGCGGCGCACCCGACGUCCCCGGAGGGACUACUGGUGGAGCUGGAGGCGCUGACGUCAGUCAUAGCGCGCGCGUCGCACCGCGAGGUGCUGGCGCAGGUGCGCGCGGAGCCGGCGUUGCAGCGCUGCGAGGCCGGACUGCAGCGCCUGCGCUGGCUCAUGCUGGCGCUGCUACCGCGUUUCCAGCAGCCGCCGCCCGCGGCACAUCAAGCCGCAGACGCGCGCCUCUACUGCAAGAUUGUGUGCAACUUGUUGGUGUAUGCGCUGAGUGCGCUGGAGAGCGAAGGAGGAUCACGCGAGGCGGCGGGCGCGGCGAGCGCAGCGCGCGUGCUGCUGCAGCACCUGGCGCGGCGCCACCGCCUGCUGGCCAAGCUGCUGGCCACCGUCACGCACCAGCUGCACAGCGUGCCCGCCAUGACGCUCGACGAUAUGAAGAAGUUACUGGGCGAGGAGACGCCGGCGAGUGCGUCACCGGUGGAGGUACGCGCGGGCGUGGUGUCGCUGCUGCGGGAGCGCGUGCGUGCGCGGCGCCGCGAGCUGCACUACUGCGCCGGAGCGCUGGCGGGCGCGCUGCAGCUGCUGUGGGCGCACGCGCGGACUCACCUGCGCGGGGUGAGCUCAACGGAUACGAUGAACGGUGGAGAUGAGCUGCUAGAACUACGCAAGGAGUUCGUGGCCCUCUUCAACGACCGCUUCGUCGAGGAACUACUGGAAACUGUUAAGAACGAGCCUCCAAUACAGCGAGGAUUCGUGGAAAUUCUCCUCAAAGACAUCAAGACAAUGAUUCAGUUUUCGCCGCUCUAA